UUCAGUUAAUCUUCAGCAGUGACCGCGUGAGCUUCGUCAGCCAACCCAAACUAAAAAAGAAAAACAAGAUUUAUGCACCCACAAUUAAGUUUUCGUUUUGUGAAGUGAACAAAAAACCAUGUUAAAAUAAUACAAAAGCCCUAGAAAAACCAAAAAAUUUAAACAAAAAUAAAAGAAAUUUGAAAAAGAAAAUGUGUGUAGUGUGAAAAGCAAAUCAUGUGAACAAGCACAAUUUAUGCUCGAGUGACAAGAAAAACAACACGAAUUUUACGUGGCAGUUGAUUUCGCCGAGAAGAUGCCAAUUGAUUUUGAUUUUCGCAAAUUAUAACGAGACAUUUAUAUGAUUUGAUAGCUGGCCAGAAAUUCGCAAACAAUUCCCAGCGACCAGGCAAGGUCAUAUCGAUUGUCAUCAGCUGCUGUCGGCAACCCCACCAACCCAACAUCACCCACCGCCCAACAACCUCCAAAGCCACCACCCAACGAACCAUUGAAAAGCAAACAUAGCGAAUAUGCCAAGCUUGCACAAGCCAAGUGGGUGCUUGCACCAGAUGCUAAUAAUAUAUGUACUAAUAUUUGUUUCCAGUGCAACGACACUUGACCAGCAGGAGCCAUUGCCGGAUUUGUGUGAGUCGAUUAAAUGCCCGCCGGAUGCCGAAAUGCAAUGCCCGGCGGACAGUUCUAUACGCCAGAAUCUACUUGCGGUGGACCUGAUUAAGUCCAAUGCCGUGGAGUUGCCCACCACGGGUGAUACUUCGUUGGCGGAUGUGUCGGUUUCGUACGAUAGCAGUCUGAUCUCCAGUGAGGAUUAUGCCCAGUGCUGUUUGAACCGGAAGUGCGUGUGCAAGACCUGUUACAUUCCGGACUGCGAUUCGGACACAGACCAAGAGCUAGUUGUGGUGGAGCUGAAGCCGGAGAAUUAUCAAAAGCCCGGGGAAUGCUGUGGCACCUACGAAUGCCGAACGGAACCGAAUUGCACGGUGUUAAGGGACACGGACUAUCAUUGGCUAACGCAAUGCCAGCGCUGCAGGUGCGAAUCUGGGCUGAAGAUUUGCCACAAAAGCUGCGAUGACAGGGCUGAAGGUGUGUGCCAGUCGAAGAUUUCGGGUGUGUUCUAUAAGGAUGGAGAAACCUGGACGGAGAACUGCAAGACCUGUGAGUGUGAGAAGGGUGAGCCCAAGUGCACGAUGUCCUUCUGUGGCAACCUCAACUGUCCCAGUGAAAGGCAGGUUACGCUGAAGGACACCUGUUGUCCGGUUUGCUGGCCAAAGUGUGCCCCGAUGCCGAAUGAGAAACAAAAUGAUGAUGACUACAAUGAUUAUGUCGAUGAGCCUGAGACACCAGUAGAGGAGGAUACUUUGCCACCACUCCUGCCCGAUCCACUGACCACCCAGCAAAGUGCAGAGUUAAUAGCAACUAGCACUACUACUAGCACUACUCCAGCUACUCCACUGGCCAACAACAAUGUCCGUAACUUUGAUCAACCGAAUGUUGUGGAGGUGGUUAGUCAACCGAACUAUAUUUCCUAUGGUCUAACGGGCUAUUCGGUAAUAACUACGAUUAUCAUUGUGGCCAUGGGCAUCUAUAUCUGCCAGCAGAGUGCCAAGAAACGUUCCUAUGAUCCGGUCUCCAUUCUGGACCACAGCAUCUAAGCAAGAGAUCUUUCGAAAUACUACUAAACGAGAGUAAUAUUAAAGAUGAAAUGUAAUUUAGAACUAAGUAUUCCGCUUUUUCCAGCUUUAAGUUGCUUUUGCUUUUCCAGUGUGACCGGACUUCGGGUUAGUGCUACAUAAGCCUAACGCUUAAGCCUGGUCACUCUAAAUUGAAUCAGUUUAAUUCGCUUAGAUAGGAAUACCAAAUGCCCAAGCCUUUCUAAUGCCUUUGCCUUUGUUUGUUUGGUAUUGAUCUCAUUUUAACUUUUCACUUUUCACUUGCAACAACAACAACAACAACAACACGAAAACAACAACAAAAAUUUAAAUAUAAAUCACACGAAAAUAUAAGCAACGAACUUCCGCAGCAACAAAAUCAAAGUAUUCUUAUGAAAUUACGCAAAAAAAAGAAAAAAUAUUUAAUUAAAAACGAAACAAGAGUUACUAUUACUAAACAAACGCAAAUGAUGAUGAUAAUGAUGUAUGUACAUACUUAAAUGCUUUCCCCCUUCCAAGGGACGGCAAACCUUUUUUUUAAAACAUAAACUUUGAUUUAAGAGAAAUAUAAUACCAAAACAUAUUUAGAAGCGAGUAAGCAAGAGAAAUCAACUUGAAACUGCUCGAGACACGUCUUAGAUUUUAGUUUUUAGGAAGUAUGUGAUAUAUAUGCUAAUUUAGCCUAUGUAAUUUGUCAACCAAGGCACGCUGCUGUUUAAAGAGAAAUCAAAAGAAAUGAAAAAUUAUAUGGAAAAACAGUAUUUGCAACACAAGACCCGUAAGCCCCCCCGAAACGAAAUGGAAGAACGCAUUGCACACCGCAGAAGGAGGUUCAACUUUUAGCUAAUGUCAUAACGUUGCCACAUAAAUGUAUACUAUAAAAUCUUUAUUUAAAUUUAUGUUUAAAAAUAAACCAAAAUUGGUAUGCAGAGCGAGAAAACCAA